UGUGUGUGUGUUUGUGUGUGUAAGAUGGCGAGUGAAAUGGCAAUGUCAAGGAUAUCAUACGACUGUGCUUGUACACAUCUUUCGCGAAGUGCAAAUUAUGCACAAAUUGCAUAAAUAUUUAUAAUACAUAAUUUAGCAAUUAUUACGUUUAUCAACGUUUACGUAAGCGUGAAAAAAUGAGAUAAUUUGUCGCAUCCAUGAGAAAUCAGUUUUGAUGUAAUAAGCAUCAUACGCUUUGCGAGUUAGACACUUCGUUUUGCUUGAUAUCUUAUUGAUAUUUUAUUUUGUAAUUUUUCUGAGAUAAGUUAUCCAAUUAAAAGUUAAGGUCUAAAAUGAUGUUGCAGAGGUUAUAUCGUUUUACAAACUGCAACAAAUUUCUCCAAACAGCCGUUGCACGAAAUAUUUAUUCGACAUAUAAGAAAGAAUAUAACAUACAAAAUGUUGGAAAAUUAUCAAUGAUAUCGUCACUUACUGCUAUGGGAACAUGGGGACUCAUAAAAAGCAAAAGCAAUGAAGAAAAGAAAAUAGAAUCCACAACUUCAAAGACAAUGAAAGAACUUCUUAACGAAGCAGAUUCACUUUUUGAUCGAGGAGACUAUAAAGGCAUAUACGAUCUUCUGUCAAACUACAAGGAUGAUAAGAAUGUUGAAAUCUUAUGGCGUUUGUCCAGAGCUAUAUAUUGGAUGUCUGAAACCGCUAAUGACAUUGAAGCUCGAAAGUUAACUUAUGAGGGAUACGAUUUGUUAUGUACCGCUCUUAAUAUUAAAGAAGAUCAUUUUGCUGUUCAUAAAUGGAUGUCUAUACUUCUUAACAAGAAAAGUACUUUAGAGGGUACAAAAACACUUAUAAAAGAAUCAUACAAUAUUAAAAAGCAUAUGCUGAGAUCUAUGGAAUUAAAUCCUGAUGCAAUGAUAUUUCACAUGAUUGGAUUCUGGUGUUAUAAGAUUUCAAGUUUGCCAUGGUAUCAAAGAAAAAUAGCAUCUGUCAUAUUUGAAGAACCACCAGUUUCAUCCUUUGAAGAAGCAUCGAUGUAUCUUGAAAAAGCUGAAGAGAUAGAUCCAAAUUUUUAUAGUCACAAUUUACUUUUGUUAGGAAAGACAUAUUUAAAAUUAAAUCGUAAGGAAGAUGCGAUAAAAUAUUUGAAAAAAACUGUUGAAUACCCUGCAAAAAAUGAUGAUGAUCAAAAAGCGAAACAAGAAGCACAAAAAAUAUUAAAUAACAUUUAGAGACAAAAUAUAUAUAUAUACACGCAUACAUACAAAACAACUUAUAAAUAAUUUUUUUGUAUUUUAAUAUGUUUAUUAUUAAUUAAAUAUAUUAAUUUUAAUAUGUUUAUUAUGUUUAUUAUAAGUAAUAAACUUUGUAUAAUGUCGUAAUA